GGUCAGCGGAGUCACCUACUGACAAGCCUGAGCAGGUUGAGGUGUCUGUCUGUGGGUGACAGCGGGGUUUUGCGUCACACUUCAGCGGCGAAGCAGCAACCGUCAGCUUAGUACACAGGAAGCUGCGGGUGAAUUAAAACCUUACACAGCUGAAGGGAGAAGAGAGAGGAUACAUAAAAACGCCAUUUCUGAGCUACGUCACGGUGAGGAUGUCUGUCCCGGCAGGAGAGGGAUGAAGAUGACCCCACUGUUAUGGCGAGUUGUGUCAGCGUGGCUCUGUGUCGCUGUACUCUGUCGGUACCAUAGUUGUUAUGUCGGUUGCACGGAGUCGCACCAAGAGACCCAGAGGCCCGUGUCCUCACAGGACGUCGGUUCGGAGGAAGAGUCAGGGGAAAAUAGUCAUCAACACAAGAUUGAGGAAAGCUUGGUCUUACCUGCCCAGUCCUUAUCUGAAAAGGAGCAGGUGAUGGAGGAGAAUCGGCAAAUAGAGGAGCAGACGACACAAGAGGUGGACAAAGAACAAUAUAUAGAGGCCUUUGAAGUAGAGCAGCCGGAUGUAGAGGAAGAGCUGGAGGCAGACAAAGGAAUUUUACAACCUGAGCCAGAACCUGAGCAAAUCUCAGAAAACCAACAUCCUGAAGCCUCCAUCACUCUAGACCAGGACUCAGCCUCCCUGCUGCCUUCCUCCCACCCUGUCUCUGAAUUUGCUGCUGAGCUUGAAGACAACUCCAACACCCAUAAUCUUCAAGAAAUCAAGAAAAACAUCCCAGAUAGGGUUUCAGAUGUUGAAGCUGACGUAGCUGAACCUGAGGUCAUUGAAUCUGACCUGCCUCCAGCGGACUGUGAAGAAGAAGAGGAAGAAGAGAAUAACCCAUAUGACAAUAAUAGCAGUCCUCCAAUUGUUCUGGAGAACACUUCCAAUGUUCACACAGCAGGUACUAAAACCCACAGUGACCCACCUCUGACUUCUGAGACUGGUCACAGCACACAACAUCUAGAGGCCAACGCUUCAUACGUGCCAAUGGAGGAAGACCUGAGCUCCUCUGUUACCAAAGGCCCAGAUUCCAGUGUGAUCAGCAAAGACCCCGAGGACAUCCCCACUUUUGAUGAGUGGACGCGGAAGAUGAUGGAGGUCGAGAAUGAAAAGACUCAGACUACUCAUACUUCUAACAAUGGGGCUCCUCCUGUGGUGAAGAAAGUCCAGAAGAACUUCAAUAACUACGCCUCAGUGGAGUGUGGAGCCAAGAUCCUUGGCUCUAACCCAGAGGCAAAGAGCACUUCAGCCAUUUUGAAGGAGAACAUGGACUUUUACAUGCUAAACCCCUGUAGUAAUAAAAUUUGGUUCAUCAUUGAGCUCUGUGAGCCCAUCCAGGUGAAGCAGCUGGACAUCGCUAACUUUGAGCUAUUCUCUUCUACCCCAAAAGACUUUCUUGUCUCCAUCAGUGAUAGAUAUCCAACAAACAAGUGGCUAAAGCUGGGAACCUUUCACGGCCGGGAUGAACGCACAGUCCAGAGCUUCCCAUUAGAUGAGCAUCUUUAUGCUAAAUAUGUGAAGAUGUUCACCAAGUACAUAAAGGUAGAGCUGGUCUCUCACUUUGGCUCUGAACAUUUCUGUCCCCUCAGUCUCAUAAGGGUGUUUGGCACAAGCAUGGUGGAAGAGUACGAGGAGAUAGCUGAUCCCGCAGAAAGACCAGAUGAUCAGGAUGAUGACUCGGAUUAUCCUCCUGGAUAUGCACCUGGCGAAGUCAAGUUAUCCAACAAUCUGAUUGGAUCAGCAAAGGAUGUGAUUUUGAACAUGGUCAAUAACAUUGCUGUCAAUGUUCUCGGUGGACGCUCAGACAUGCAAGGUAACCUUUCAUCACAGGAAGUGAACAUGACUGAGCCGUCAGACCAACUUGAAACCAGCUCUCCAACUACCACCACAGUCCUCACUCCAGUUCCAGAAUCUGAAGUGGAAGAGAUUUUUCCAGACCCCAAUAUCCCUGAAACUGUAGCCCCGUCCUCUGCGUCAGAGAUAUCUACAGCUGAUACAAGCGAACAAGAGCUCCCCCAAGUGGAAGAAAAAAUUGUCAUUCCUUUAGGGAGGGAUGAGGAAGAACCAAUCGGCUCAACAAUCACUCUUUUGGAAAAGGAGGAGGAGUUUGAUGAAGAAAAAGAGAAAAGGGUUCAGCAUGAGCGACAUCAAGAAAUACAGACCUACUGUCCACUACUUGUUCCAUUUUCUUCCUCUUGCUCAGCUUCCCUCCAUGAGUAUCUCCAUUGGCAGUGUUCAGCCCUGCUGUACAAAAAAAGGAAAUGCCAAACUAUGAACAGAAAAGAGAUUGUUAUUCCCAUUAUAACACCCACUUGGCAUGAACCCCCGUCUCCCUCCACCUGCCCUGAACCCCAGCAGCAUGACAGUGAGGUACAUCCGCCCCAUGAACAGGAACAAGCCUCUGAACAGGAGCUGGAGAGCGAAGCCAGACUUUCAGAAACACCCCCUCCUCCAGGGAACACAGUAGAUUCUCAUAAAGAGUCCAUGUCUGAACCUCCUCUGGUGGAGCCAAGUCAAACCUCUGACCUCCCAACACCCAGUGCCGCUGACUCAUCCUCUGCCAAACCUCCCCCUAUUGUGGAGACACCACAGCUGUCUUCUGAGGAGCCAAAGCCAGAAAAGAGCCAGGAUGUGCUGGCAGAAGAGAAGCACAUUGAGCCUUCAGCCUCCCUCAGUGACUCCAUCGAUGUAAAACCCAGUGUCAGUGCAGCAGUGGACGAUGCCUCAGUGGCACUAGCAGAGGAGAAGUCUGACAUUGAGGUUUCUAAACCAGAGAUAAACCCCUCAAUUCAAACGCCAGAUAAAACGGAUGAAUCCCAAGUUCUCCAUCCCGCCACCUCCCCUCAAUUAGAUCAUCACCCUGACCCACCAGCUGUACCUGAAAGUAGUACUACUUCCUCUGAAGUAUCCCAACCUGCUCCAGACACCAUUACAGAACUCGAGCCCUCUGGAGGUCAAUUAACCAUCACAGAAACUAAAACGGAGGAUUUCCCGGAAGACAUCUCGACAUCGUCAGGUGGCAAGCCUCCCUCGCCUUCCUCGCCGUCUCUCUCAGACAUCUAUGCAGAGCCCCCCAAUGGCACUGAGCAGAACGGAAACACGGUGCAUGGCUCCAGCCAGAAGGAGUCGGUGUUCAUGAGACUCAACAACCGCAUCAAGGCCCUGGAGAUGAACAUGUCGCUCAGCGGACGCUACCUGGAGCAGCUAAGCCAGAGGUAUCGAAAGCAGAUGGAGGAGAUGCAGAAGGCUUUCAACAAAACCAUCAUUAAACUCCAGAACACUUCUAGAAUAGCAGAGGAACAGGACCAGCGUCAGACUGAGUCCAUUCAGCUGCUGCAGGGCCAGCUGGAGAAUGUGACUCAGCUGGUUCUCAACCUGUCUGUCAGAGUCAGCCAGCUGCAGGAGGAGGUGUCAGACAGGCAGACCUACCUGCUGCUCUCUCUGGCGUUGUGUCUGUGUCUCGGCCUGCUGCUGUGUGCAAACCACCGCCGCAUCUCCACCGUUCCUCCAACCACCGAACCAGAGCCGCCCAUACCGAAGAGCUACACCUACUGCUGUCCUGAAAGGCAGUUCUCUUCCUGUGAUGAGACUGGCUUGAAGAGGAGUGCUUCCUAUCCACUCAUACACUCACUUGCCACCACUGAAGACCCAGAAAUGCUUCAUUCAGAGGAGACACAGAGUCUUUGUCCAGCUAACAGAAAGAGGAGACGCCGUAAGAUGAAACCCCUGGAGAAAGUGGAGACUCUGAAAGCCUCUUUUCACGCUGCUCCAGAACUGUGUAAUGGAGCCGUUUUAUGUAAUGGUGUACCUGUCACCACAAACCCCACACCGCUUGCAAAAAGGUUGCUCCAACCUAUGUUUAGAGACUCACCGUCAGAGGGCAGCUCAGAGGGGUCUUCACAUUCAGACGACCCUUCCUUCUGUGGCAUCACCACAGCAUGCAACCGAAUCUGUGAUGGGCUCCCAGCUCCGAGGACCCGGGCAGAGAAACGGGCAUUUAGACGCAGGCGUCCAAAGCCCAGCUGCGCGGUGGUGGACUUGCUUCAGGUCCCGCGGAGGGUCAGGAGCGAACCAUUGCACAUCUCUACCAUACAGGACAUCAUGAACAGGAAAACGGAGCAAAGCUCUGGGACUUUUGGGGUUAAUGUUGCCCUCUCAAGUCCUGUUUGAAAAGGACUACUUCUCACUGAUUGCUUAACUCUUUACAAAAGAGGAUGGAUGUUUUUUCUGUAGCCACAGGCAGCUUUAAGCUUCAAUAUGAGACAAUUCCUUCAUUCUUACUUUUGGUUUUGGUUUGUGUUCUCGUCAGAUGUUUAUAUUUGUUAUACUUCCAAUCAAAGAAAUGUCAUCCCAGCUUUUCAUUAAAGAAUAUAUGUUUUGUUCGGAAAUAUUUACUGACACUAUUGACCCUACGGAUGAACAAAAUGAUUCAAUCAAGUUUUAUUAUCGACAUGCUGUACACUGACUCUAUGAAAAACAUAUCUAUUGUGAAGAAAUUCUUGUUUUCCCCUCAAAUCUUCCCUUAAUUUUCGAUCGAUACCUUUUAUUUCAUAAAAAUUCUGUUCUGACCAUUAAGUUAACCUGCUUUUAGGACAUUGCCUCACAUUUUUAAGAACAAGCUCAGGAUGUUCUCUUUUAUUCAAUUCACCUUCAAAGUUAAAGCAGAGAAACUUUCGC